AUGGAUGAGCAUGCUCAAGAUCGCCGUGAAAUUGCAUUCUUGCACUCCGGCGAGUUUCUCCAGAGAGAUUCCACACCAAAGGAUCAUCAGCCGAGCGAGUCUCCGGUGGAACAUCAUCACAAACCGUCUAUCAAAGAAGUUGAUUUCUUCGCCGCCAAAAGUAACCCGUACGAUCUUGGCCAUGUGAGAACGAUCGUUGAUACUUCCGGAUUUAACGACGAAUUAGUUUUGGUAAAUUCAUGUCUUGGAACAUCAAGAAUUAUCACAGAUGAUGAUGAUGAUGAUAGCAAUGACAAAAACAAACCUCAAAUUAGAAGGCUGAAAUUGGAGCUAGAGAGGCUUCACGAGGAGAAUCACAAGCUGAAGCAUUUAUUAGAUGAGAUAAGUGAGAGUUACAACGACCUCCAAAGUAGAGUUUUGUUGGCGAGACAGGCACAAGUGGAAGGUCUUCAUAAACAACACGAGGAUAUACCUCAAGCUGUUCUAGAGUACAGAAGGCCAACGGAUAUGAACAAUGAAAUCCCGGCCAACACCUUGAAACGACGGUCUCCAGACGACGUGGAUGAUCAUGAUCAGCACCGAAGUUCACCAAAAACUCCAAGAUUAGACCAAAACAAAAGUACUAAUCAUGAAGAACAACAAAACUCUCAUGACCAGACGUUACCUUUUAGAAAAGCUAGGGUUUCCGUUAGAGCUAGAUCCGAUGCCACCACGGUAAAUGACGGAUGUCAAUGGAGAAAAUACGGGCAAAAGAUGGCGAAAGGCAAUCCAUGUCCUCGCGCUUACUAUCGUUGCACCAUGUCCGUUGGAUGUCCUGUCCGUAAACAGGUCCAACGAUGUGCCGAGGAUACAACUAUCUUGACCACAACAUACGAAGGAAACCAUAACCAUCCUCUUCCACCGUCAGCAACCGCCAUGGCCGCAACCACCUCCGCCGCAGCCGCCAUGCUCUUAUCAGGUUCCACAACCAGCAACCUUCACCAAACUCUCUCUACCCCCUCCGCCACGUCAUCAUCUUCCUUCUACCAUAACUUCCCAUACACUUCCACAAUCGCCACACUCUCCGCCUCCGCUCCUUUCCCAACCAUAACUCUAGACCUCACCAACCCUCCUCGACCGCUACAGCCCCAGCCGCAGUUUCUGAGCCAGUACGGUCCCACCGCGUUUUUACCAAACGCUAAUCAAAUUAGGUCAAUGAGCUCUAGUAAUAAUAACAACCCGCACUUGUUAUUACCUAACUUGUUGGCCCCACAAGCACCACCACGUGACAUGGUCGAUUCUGUUAGAGCUGCGAUUGCGAUGGAUCCCAAUUUCACGGCGGCUCUUGCGGCGGCGAUAUCAAACAUUAUCGGAGGAGGUAACGACAAUAACGAUAAUAAUAGUAAUAACAAGGUUGAUAGUAAAAGUGGAGGGAGUAGUAACGGAGAUCUUCAACAGUCGUGCACCACUUUCUCCACCAACUAA